AUGUCGCAAUCGCCGUCAACCGACCAAGAGCAACCUCACAUUGUCUCUCUGGUGCUCCAUGCAAAGAAGGCGCUGCAGCAAGGCCAACAUCUCUGUACCCGAGCGAGCGAGGUCUCCUCCUCGUCAGCGCAAGUGACGGUCGAUGUCCUCGCAUUGGAUGCGCAGGUCAGGUGGAUGUCCGGCGCGGUCCUGGACCAACUAAAGCUCGCUGCCCAGGUCGCAAAGAGCAUAGAGCAAAAGCGAUCAGAGCUAGAGAGACAAGUAGAGGAGUGGGACGGCAUCCGCAACCAACGUUCCGACGCGCUCGACACGAUCCUGGAGACCCUCAGCACCCAGUUCGUCCCUCCAGAGUACCAUUCCGUGUCCGCCGACUCGUCGCCGUUCGGGAGCCAGCAUGGUUCGGACGACGAAGGGGACCGCGACCGCCACACCGAUGAGAACAGUCCAUUCGGUCCUCCUCGGUUGAGCCCCGGUACGCGGCUGAGCCCGACCGACACCAUCCGCAACCGCUCGCCGCUUGCGAGGAGGGCAGAGAGGAAUAGUCGACAUACGGACCGGAGCAGGUGGAAGUCGUUGCGGGAUUUUGUGGACGAGGGAGCUAUCGAGGACAUGCUGGACACCAUCGAGAAGGACAGGCAGGAGCUGGAUGACAUCCUUGCUACAACGGCAGAUUAUCCAGAGUCGCUAUUGAAGACGAUAGACACCAUUCGAGGGACUGUUCCUGUGGACGUCCCACUUCCCUCCUUCAGGGACAUAUUCAAGUCGCAAGAAAAGACGUCUUCUAAGAUGGCUGAGCAGCUCGAAUCAUUGGUUCACCAUUAUAACAACAUGGAUAAUGCCUUCCACGACUUUGAGGCUGGGGAGGAGUUCAGUGAGGAGGAUAUGCAGGGUAUGAAUGGUGAUGCCGACGCACUACCUGUAAUUGUGGGUGAACUGGAGGGGAGUCUGAGAUCCAUCGAAGUAUAUCACGAACAGCUCCUGGAUGCUAAGGCAACAUCCGAAGGGCACUUGGAAGGACACAGGAAUACUCUUAGCGACCUUGACGAGCUCGGCGAUAUUAUGUCUGAGAUGCUUGAACGUCAGCAAGCUGUGGAGAAUGAGAGCAUUGACCGUUUGUCAUACAUGCACGCUCAGCUGCAGCAGAUCGAAAGCUUACAUCACAAGUACACAUCGUAUCAGUACUCGUAUAGUAAGCUUGUUCUCGAGCUUGCUGACCGUCAGCAAUACCGUGAGGAGAUUCAACGUCGUGUGUCGGAGAUGGCCGCCGAGCUAGAUGCCAGGGUCGAAGAGGAGCGAUUGCGACGAGCAAACUUCCAGACCGAGCACGGUCCGUACAUUCCGGAAGACUUUGGUCUGUACAUUGAGAAUCCGCCCAAUCGCUGGAACGUUUGCACAACGAACAACGAGCACCUAGAGCCGCUUCCUGUCAUAGACAGCGGGCAAGUACAAGCGGCGAAGCGCCGCAUAGCUGAAAUUGAAGCAGUGGCAGCCGCGGCGAGAGUGGUUACUAGUCAGAGCUUGUAA